GUUAAGCAAAACCCACAUAUGGAGACUAUAUGCCAAGAGGUCAUCUUCCCUCUAAUGUGCUACAGAGAUGAGGAUGAGAGACUGUGGCAGGAAGACCCCUAUGAGUACAUUCGAAUGAAGUUCAACAUCUAUGACGACCAUUCUCUUCCAGCAACCGCUGCACAGAGUCUCCUGUGUAAAGCUGCUCGCAAGAGAAAAGAGAUUCUCCCUCAGAUGAUGGCGUUCUGCCACAAAAUCCUGGCAGACCCCUCUACUGACCCCCGGAGUAAGGAUGGAGCACUGCACUGCAUUGGAGCUCUUGCUGAGCUCUUACUAAAGAAGAGAAUAUACAGGGAGCAGAUGGAGUCAAUGCUACAAAACUAUGUGUUUCCACUGCUCAAUUCUCCAAUGGGUUACCUUCGAGCCAGGUCAUGUUGGGUGCUGCAUUGCUUCAGUCCGCUGUGUUUCCAUAACGAGCUGGUACUUAGGAACGCAGUGGAGCUGGUCAGACAAAACCUGAUAGACGACAAAGAGAUGCCUGUUAAGGUGGAAGCAGCCAUUGCUUUGCAGACACUUGUGAGCAACCAGGAGCAAGCCAAAAUGUACAUCAGGCCAUGCAUUCGCCAGGUGAUGCAAGAGCUUCUACAUGUGGUCAGAGAGACGGAGAAUGAUGACCUUACCAACGUCAUUCAGAAGAUGAUUUGUGAAUACAACCAGGAAAUGGCUGCUAUAGCAGUGGACAUGACACAAAACUUGGCGGAGAUCUUUACCAGAGUUCUGCAGAGUGAAGAGUAUGAGGAGAAUGAGGACAAGACUGUGAUGGCUCUGGGCAUCCUUAGCACAAUAGACACCAUCCUUACUGUCAUGGAGGACCACAAAGAGAUCACUCAGCAGCUGGAAGGGAUCUGUUUGCAGGUGAUUGGCCUGGUGCUGCAGAAGCCCAUCAUAGGUAUGGCAGAGUUCUAUGAGGAAAUCCUGUCUCUGGCCUUUGGCCUCACCUGUCAGACCAUCUCCCCUCAGAUGUGGCAACUGCUUGGGGUCCUGUACGAGGUGUUCCAGCACGAUUGCUUCGACUACUUCACAGAUAUGAUGCCUCUUUUGCACAACUAUGUUACUGUGGACACAGAUAUGCUUCUGUCCAACCCAAAGCACUUAGAGGUCAUCUACAGUAUGUGCAAGAAGGUACUAACUCUGGAUGCUGGUGAUGAUGCAGAGUGUCAUGCUGCUAAACUUUUAGAGGUGAUCAUUCUACAGUGCAGAGGCAGAGGCAUUGAGCAGUGUAUCCCUCUGUUUGUGGAGGCAGUGCUGGAACGUUUGAUGCGGGGGGUGAAGUCCAGCGAGCUGAGGACAAUGUGUCUGCAGGUGGUCAUUGCUGCUCUGUACUACAACCCAGCUCUGCUCAUUCAGACUCUGGACAACAUGCACUUUCCUCACAGCCCACAGCCCAUUACAGCCCACUUCAUCAACCAGUGGAUAAAUGACACUGAAUUCUUCCUGGGAUUCCAUGACCGUAAGAUGUGCAUCAUCGGUUUGACCAUGUUGAUGGAGCUCCCCAGCCGACCGGCAGCGCUGGAAAGAGUAGCUGGUCAGAUCAUCCCUUCCAUCCUGCUCCUUUUCCUGGGUCUCAAACACAUGUAUGCAUCCCGUCUCAUCAACAAACCAGACCUGCUUGCCCAUGCAGGGGCUCAUGAUGAAGAUCAAAAUGAAGAAAUCCCCAGUGAUGAAGAUGAGGUGAAUGAAAGCCAAAAUACCAUAUAUCAUCAGUCCAGCAUGGCAGCAGGCCAGGGAGGUGACAACAACGAUAAUGAUGAUGAGGAUGACUACUGGGAUGAAGAUGCUUUUGAGGGAACACCCCUUGAGGAGUACAGCACUCCACUGGACUAUGACAAUGGAGAGGACGAGUACCAGGUCUUUACCUCCGCCCUGCUAAGAAUUCAGAACAGCAAUGCUGCCUGGUACCAGUGUUUGAUGGCUCCACUCAGUGAUGAUCAGAAAAAACAACUCCAGGAAAUCUACAGCAUCUCACAGCAGAGAAGGAGCACCGCUGCCAAGGGCCACUGAGCGCCGAGGAGAUAUAUGUCCUGCUGUAUCAAAGGACUGGGUCAAAAUAAUAAAUGAAAAAAAAAAAAAAAACAGAAGAGUAAAGAGAAGCUGACCUGACUUGAACUUUGAUUUCUGUUCAGUCUGCUGUUUAAGAACAGAUCAAGCCAUAUCAGGUGAGCGGGAUUCAAACAAAACCAGAUUGGAUGAGGCUGGACUUGGGAGAGUUAAGGACCAGAUGCACUGCUGUAAUCUUCCUAACACCACACAGGAUUGCUGUUCUAACUGUAUAUGUGUGUGAGGACAUUUAUAAAUCUAACUGUUUGUGACCAGCAGAAUCCCUGUAGAUAUUUUGUAUGUGUAGUCUCUUCGGUCCAUGGUGAAAGAUCAGUCCUUCUGUCUGAGAAACUCUACAGCAUGAAGACAUCUCACAAUGUGUCUUUACACUGUGAGCUUGUCUUUGUCUCUGUUCCUGAACACGCAUCAUCUCAUGAAGUAAAACGCCAUUUCCAGCAGGACACUGUGUGUACUGUAUCCAGGACAAAUGUUCACACACCUUUAGCUGGGAUCUUCAUUUUUAAAUGUUUGGAGACAAAUAUUUCAGGAGGCAUCUUUCUCUUGGUUUUGUUUUUGAAUAUUCUUCAGUGCUAAUUUGGCUAAUCUGAGAAAAUCCUAAACAUUCUCGUAACACUCUGCUGACUUGGUUUGGUUGUGUUUGUACUCCUGCAACUAUAUUUUGUUCAACAUUAAAAUUAAUUCAUCAGUCCUAAAUGUACAAAAUGUGUGUGUCAAAUAGGAAGAAACAACAACUGUUCAAACAUUUCUUGGCAGUCCUGGGAAAUAUGGAAUAAAAUAAAUUAAUCUUU